AGAUCUCACCCAGGAGCCAGGAACAGCGAGUUCCAAAAGAAACUUCCAGCUAUUGUGGAGAAACCCAAAACCCUGGGUGUUGACGUAGGCGGUCCGUCACCUGACAGCCAACCCAAACUGCAGCUAUCUUAACUUGGGAUCCACCGGAAGAUAGUGGGAGCUUGCCUUUUGUCGUGGCGGGUGCUCAGGAUUGUGUUGUGUUGAGCAAUGCCACUCCCCUUUCCACAUCAACAAACUCCGACUAGCUGAGCAACUCAUGUUGAUCUUAGUUAUACCAGAUAUGCAGCGACCGCGCCAUCGUAACAAAUUAGCAAACUUCACAAUUAACAGUCAAUGAGCGACGAGCAUCCGAAUGGCUUUGGCCAGCCAUUCUUCAUUGUGACAUGGGCCGAGUUUGGACUGGCGAUCAUCUUCAUGAUCGCUCGAGGCGUUGCUGCUUCCAAAUUGAUUCAUAACGUGACAAUGGACUGCUAUUUGGCCAUAGUCACAUUUGUUUUGGGAGCUGCAAGCAUGGCGAUGAUUACAGUGGGGGCUACAUACGGGCUCGGCCUACCGCAGGACAUGUUAAGUUUCAAUCAGAGCAAGAUGGCACUACUCUAUGGCUGGGUCAACCAGCUUAUUGCCCUCGUUGCGAUUGGUUUAGGGAAGCUUACCAUUGUCGCAUUUCUCGAACAAGUCCAAGGCUAUCAGACCAAAGCCAGAAGCAUCUUUCUCUGGUCUGUGGCAGGCAGCAACCUCGUCCUGAAUUGUAUCGCUGCCAUCCUGAUGAUGCUUCAAUGCUCGCCGAGGAGGAUGCUGUGGGAGGCAUAUGCUAAGGGAAGUUGUCCUUAUCGCGGCCGUAUACAGAUAUUUGGCUAUAUUCAAGGGCCUUGGUCUGCUUUUUGCGAUUUUGCACUAGCAUUAUACCCAGUUUCUUUCCUUGCACGGGUCCACGCUUUCUCGAUAGCGACCCGGAUCGGUCUCUGCGUACUGAUGGGAUUUGGCGUCGUAGCAGGGGCAUGUGCAAUAGUUAAAACAGUUCAAUUGACUGUUCUCACCAAAAUCCACGACCCGAGUCAACAGAUUGGGACUGUCAUUGUUUGGAAUCAAACCGAAAUGUGGGUCGUAUUCAUUGUCAGCUGUAUACCGCCGACGAAAGUGUUCUUCAAGCAUAUAUAUCGCCGGAGUUCUAUCCGGCUAGGUUCAUUUGUCGACCAAAUGCGGCCCCGGGAACAGGAGAUAAAGCCGAAUGAGUCGUUUCAGUCUAGUUGAUGUGGCCGCUCAGUACGAGGCGUGGUAUUUAUCAAUCAGUCGACAGUAUGGGGAAGCUAUAUUGUACUAUAUCUGUGUAUUUAUUCGAUUAUGAUACCAUGGCGCUUGGGGACUAUUAAGAGAAC